AUGGCAGAGAUCAUCACCAAUGGUCCUGUCCAGGCGACUUUCCUGGUGCACGAAGACUUUUUCAUGUAUUCUGGUGGAGUCUAUCAGCACACGGAUCUCGCGGCUCAGAAAGGAGCCGGCUUCACUGGACAAGGAUAUCACUCCGUUCGUAUUCUCGGAUGGGGAGUGGAUCACUCUACUGGACGUGAAAUCCCUUAUUGGCUGGCAGCCAAUUCGUGGGGACGGCAAUGGGGUGAAGAUGGC